AUGGACGACCACUUUCUGGCUCGGUCCCAGCCAUCCUUCAGAAAGCAGGUCAUCAAGCGUCGCUUCAAGGGCCUGCACCAAAUCACAGAGCUAAAGACGGUCGAGAUCGUCGACGAGUACGAACCAAUGGAAGAAGGAUUGGAUAAGGUCACAGACACUCGAAAUGUCUCGGUGAUUGAGAUCAGAUUGUCCAAGGAGGAAUUGGACAGCAGCAACAAGGGCUACCAACCCCCUCUGGACGAGUCAUUGGUGAAGGAAUUCGACCCUGAGGAACUGGCACGUGGCCGUGGACGAGGUGGUGGCACCGGAAAAGGCCGCGGCAAAGGAAAGGGUCGUGGCCGUGGGUCUACGAAAGGCAAAGGCCGCGGCAAGGGAAAAGGCAAGUCCUCAGAAGGGGCGAAGGGCAAAGGGUCUGGAAAGUCUGCUGGAAAAUCUGGCAAAGGCGGCAAAGGCAAAGGAAAGAGUUCCAAGGGAAAGUAUGAAGAUGACUCUGCCCCCAAGGGUAAGGGAAAAGGCAAGAGCAAGGGCAAGAGCAAGAGCAAGUAUGACGAGGAGCCAAAGGGCAAAGGCAAGAGCAGCAAGGGCAGCAAGGGCAAAGGCAAGUCCAAGAGCGGCGGUUACGAGGCCUCCUAUUCCUAUGCCCCACCCAGCAGGGGCGCCUCAGGUAAGGGCCGGUCCUCUGAUUGGUCCUACGAGG